UCCCGACAGUGUACUCGAUGUCCCAGUGAACCGACUAGGCCUGACUCAGCCAACGGAACAUAGAUCCUGUUGCUGGUCGGCGUUCAACGUUACAUCAAAGCCCCCGGGGUAGCGGGGGAGGGACAGCGCGUUGAUAGAAGGUGGAGAGAGAGGUAGAGCCAUAGGGACCAGUGUUGUUGUAGGGACAAUGGGAGUGUCGCUCUCGGCCUGGUAUAUCAACAUUGGAAAGAAAUAUUUACUACUGGUGCUGUGGGCGGCGGGAUGUGCCGUGUUGUUCUGGAGAACAUACUGCUACUUCAAGUACGACCCCGGCUUCUAUUACGUUCAUCGGAUGCUAGGGCCCUGGUUAUGCAUCUCACGAGGUUCGGCCGCCGUUCUCAACCUCAACUGCGGCUUUGUCCUGCUACCAAUGUGUCGAUCGCUCCUCACCCUACUGCGCAGACUCAACAGGAGGAUAUCUGUAGAAACUAUGCGACUGAUCCUUGACACAUGCAAAGGCUUCCAUAUAACUUGCGCCUUCUUCAUAUGUAUAAAUGCAGUUAUUCAUUUUGUUGCUCACAUGUUCAAUGCCAGAAACUUCUCCCAGUAUUACAACCCGGCUAUCCCUGGCGUCAACGGUGCACAUUUCUCCAACCAGGAUCCUCUCCUUGUUGCCAUAACAACAGUUCCUGGCAUCACAGGCAUGCUGAUGAUGAUGAUUCUGAUUAUGAUUGUAACAUCCAGUUUCCGCUACAUGAGGGACACCAACUACGACCUGUUCUGGUACACUCACAGACUGAUCGUGGUGUUCUACAUCCUUCUUCUUAUACACGCCUUAAGGGGACCAAUAAGGAAGCAGAUCAACAUUCCCGCUCACACACCCGGAUGUAACGAUACUUUGACAAUGUCAAUGGCAGAACCGGAACCGGAAGCAGAAUAUUCAUUCCACUCCUACCGGUGUCAAGAGGAACCAAAAUUUGACAGUAUUGGUUGUCAGUCCUGGCUAUGGAUAGGGAUACCCCUUCUUCUCUACGUCAUAGAUGGUGCUUUCCGGAUGAAACAAAGGGAGACAACUGUUAUUGUCACGGACAUAAUCGAACAUUAUUGUGACGUCAUUGAAAUCCAUAUGCACACAGAUUUGCACAAACCUUCACCAGGGCAGUAUGUUUUGAUCCAGUGCCCGAGACUAUCCGUUUUUGAAUGGCAUCCGUACUCCAUCACAAAGUGUCCAACAAGAGACCGUCCAGAAAUAUCAGUACAUAUCCGAACACGUGGUGACUGGUCAGAGCGACUCAGGGCACAUGUACAGGAGUCGCUACACGAGGAGCGGGAAGAAUCUGUUGAGUCACUUGAUGAAACACCUCGGCUGAAGCUUGUGGUUGAUGGGCCGUUUGGAGGGCCUCUGGACACAGUUCUUCAGAGUCGAGUUGCAGUGUGUAUAGCUGGCGGAAUAGGAAUAACACCCUUCAUUGCAGUAUUGAACCAUGUCAGGUCCAGCAAACAGAAGUUAAAACCAAAGCGCCUGUACUUAAUAUGGGUGUGUCGAUCUGUACUUGAGCUCACCUGGUUCUUAGCAACGAUAAUAUCCACCCAUCAACAUUUAUGGAAUCAAAACAUGCCUGAUUUUCUGGACAUCCGAUUCCACUGCACGGAUCUGCAAGAGUCUCACAUACAGGCAAUUCCCCCUGAGCAGAGGGAGUUUGUUACCUCCCGUCUAGAACCAGGACGACCUGUCUGGCCUCAACACUUCAGUCAGUUCUGCGCGUCACACAGACGUGAGACUGUCGACGUGUUUGCGUGCGGGCCCAAGGGUCUGAUAACGGACGUUCAGAGGCAGUGUCUCCGAGGCAACGUGCAAAAGACUAAUUUCAUUUUUCACAGGGAAUCUUUCUAAAACAAAAGCAACCAAUUCUUCACAAAGAGUGAAAUGAAAACGGUGCUUGCAAUGUCGAUGUCCUUUGACAAAAGUGCAUGUUUCAGAAAUAUGCGCAAACAUUAGUGACAUA